AUAUGAAAUUUAAGAAACUUAAAAGGUCAAAAAAAAAUUUGGAGUCUCCAGCUAAAAUCGAACUAGCGUAUAAUGUUCUGUAUCCAAAAAAGAACAAGCCCCAUAUUAAGAAGAUAUAUCCAAGGAGUCAACAACAAUGCCCUCAACGACAGCCCAGAAGUACGAUAUGCCGUCAACCUCAAGCUUCUAGUCAGCGCGUUUGGCGGAAGACGAUCGUAUUUACGAAGACUAAGCCGAAGAUGAAGUUGCCAAGAUUAUUUCGUGCAGAUCGCUUGACCGGAUUGCCCGUAGACUACGAGCGUACUGUGUCAAAGAUCAUGCACUAUGUAAAUCCGCAUCUUUCAAGCAGCCCAAGUCCCGACCAGCUGAUGGAGGAACUGUUGACACGUACGCUGGUGGGCUAUGUUGGUAACUGGAAUUGCAGCAAUCAAUCUCCACAAUUCCUUAAGCACCAUAUGCGCAUAAUUCUACGAAAUCAGGUUCCACAGUCUAUAGAAAAUGACUUCCGAAAUGACGCGGAUUUGUGCCAGUUUCACUGUGCCUGCAAACGUAAACCUGUCCCACCGGAGGCUCUAAUUCCAACCUAUAAAAGUAAAUUUAAUUACAACAAUCUCAAGAUAAAGAGCAAAUAGAAAGUGUUAUUUAUCGGCUAUAUUUAGUAAUCACUGUUGUUGUUCAAUUUUAGUGUCUGCACAGUUCAAGUUAAAUAUUUUGAUUUUCAUAGCUCCAUACAUUUACAAAAAUGUCAACAAAGUGUAACUCACCGAUUCAAUAACAUUAUACUAAACUAGCUUUACUAACGAUAUGAGAUACACAAUUAAUAAAUUUCAAAUUCAUUUAA